UGUAAUGUAAAUGUAAUUUUACUGCAAGUUGGUAAAUAUAAAUUAUUCUUAAUUCAGGGACAGAUAGGGGUAAUGGAGGUUGCAGCAAAGUGCACAGAAGGUUAUGUAGUGCUUUAAAUGUACUUGUUGAAAGUAAAAAACUAGUCACAGGUCUGUAGUCUAUCUGCUGUUUGAAAACUAUCCUUGAUCAAUUAUUCAACAUGGUAAUAUCAAUUUACUGUUUGCCUGUUUUAGCCGUUACCAUGGCAGAAACUCGUGCAUUAUUAACCAUUUGGGUGUCAAGUUUUUGUACUCGGGGUAUUUUCAGCCCAUUUUGACACGUCGAUGGGGAUAUUAUUGUUUGAUAAUUGCAUACCACUAUGGCUUAGGCUGAAAGAGCACGUCUGGCUUCUCUGAAAGGGAUGUGAAACAUGUAAGACAGUCUUAUAUUUCAAUGGAGGGGCCAAAAGUGAAUCAGGAGAAAGAAAAGGCUGGAAAAACAGUUAGGUUUAGAGUAGCAUCUGCCAACAGCGGCCGGGUCUUGGCGGAGGUGUUCAAGGAUGAAACGGCCUGGUGCGGCUCAGGGUCGGACUCGGUGGACUCUGACUGCACCAGCAGCCCAGAGACAGAGCAGGGGAGCCUGCCCCCCACCAGCGAGGCCAACAGCCACCUGAAUGGUCUGGUGGUGGAAACUACCGUGGACGAAAAUGGCUGUGAACCUGAUGACCUGCUUUUGUACGCCAGUGCCAAGAGAGAGAUGCUUUUCAGCAACAAACGGAUCAAUAUCUGCAGCAAGAAUGGGACCAUACGGGGAGUAAGGAACAAAGUGAGCGCAGGCCAAGAGCUUUUCAACAACCUCUCCAUCAUGUACUCUGUAAGUAGCUCUGGCAUAGGUGGAACAGAGUUUCAAAAUGGUUUAUCGCUUUCUUUUUAUUGCAUGUUGAUUCUGCUGUGGUCAGAUUGUUUGAGCCAAAAAAAAAGAGAAGCAAUUCAAGGCUGUUUCUUCAUGCAUGUGAACAUAUCGGAAUUGAAGAUGAUCUAAAACUAUGAAUCCCUUAUAAAGAGUAUUCACCUUGGUGAGGUGCUUGUUCCGUCAUAACCUUUAUUCUCUUUCCCUUUAAGGGUUCCCUUCGUCAUCAGAAAAGGAGACCCUGGGAAAAGGAGUAAACAGUUUGGAAGUAGCAGUUUAACACAAUGUUGUCAACAGGAAGAAAUAGCCCCGUGGCUAAAGAUUGUCUUGCAGUGUGAUUUACACUUAAUUAACAACUAUCCGGUUAAAACAAACUCUUCAUAUAAGGAGGGUUACAUCUUUACGGCCUAGUCCGUUCAAGUUCUUUAAUUUAGAUUCAUCUCCCUGAUAAGGAUAAAAACAAUGUUAAUGACUCACUUUAAUGCAGUUGUAAGCACAUAUACGUGUCUUUCAAAGGUGCACUAUGAGUUCAU